GGUGCUGCGGCUGGGGCCGCCAUCUUGGAUUUUACUCUCCAUUUUUCUCUGGAAUUAUUUUUGGUGAUUAAUAUUCUUAGGGGACGGGGAAGUGUCGCCGGGCAGCGCGGGCCCCUCAGCGCAACGGCGGGGCGGCGGGGCCUCGACGCGCCCCCAGGAGGAGCGGGCAGCGCCCGGCGGAGAGAACAUUGAAAUUAUUCUCUAAGCUAUUUGAAGAGAGUGACUAAAUGCACCUGGGUCAGGCUCUCUGUGGGUAUGAAGUGGUUGGGAGAAUCCAAGAACAUGGUGUUGAAUGGCAGGAGAAAUGGAGGCAAGUUGUCUAAUGACCAUCAUCAGAAUCAAUCAAAAUUACAGCACACGGGAAAGGACACCGUGAAGGCUGGCAAGAACGCAGCCGAGAGGAGGUCAAGCAGAUGUAAUGGUAAUUCAGGAUUCGAAGGACAGAGUCGAUAUGUACCAUCUUCUGGAAUGUCUGCCAAGGAACUCUGUGAAAAUGAUGACUUAGCAACCAGUUUGGUUCUUGAUCCCUAUUUAGGUUUUCAAACACACAAAAUGAAUACUAGCGCCUUUCCUUCGAGGAGCUCAAGGCAUUUUUCAAAAUCUGACAGUUUUUCUCACAACAACCCUGUGAGAUUUCGGCCUAUUAAAGGAAGACAAGAAGAACUAAAGGAAGUAAUUGAACGUUUCAAGAAAGAUGAGCACUUGGAGAAAGCCUUCAAGUGUCUGACUUCAGGGGAGUGGGCUCGGCACUAUUUCCUCAGCAAGAGCAAAGCGCAGGAGAAGUUAUUCAAGGAACAUGUAUUUAUUUACUUGCGAAUGUUUGCAACCGACAGUGGAUUUGAAAUAUUGCCUUGUAAUAGAUAUUCAUCGGAACAAAAUGGAGCCAAAAUUGUUGCAACAAAAGAGUGGAAACGAAAUGACAAAAUAGAAUUACUGGUGGGUUGUAUUGCCGAACUUUCAGAAAUUGAGGAGAACAUGCUACUUAGACAUGGAGAAAACGACUUCAGUGUCAUGUAUUCCACAAGGAAAAACUGUGCUCAGCUCUGGCUUGGUCCUGCUGCGUUUAUAAACCAUGAUUGCAGACCUAACUGUAAGUUUGUGUCAACUGGUCGAGAUACAGCAUGUGUGAAGGCUCUAAGAGACAUUGAACCUGGAGAAGAAAUUUCUUGUUAUUAUGGAGAUGGGUUUUUUGGAGAAAAUAAUGAGUUCUGCGAGUGUUACACUUGUGAAAGACGGGGAACUGGUGCUUUUAAAUCCAGAGUGGGACUGCCUGCGCCUGCUCCUGUUAUCAAUAGCAAAUAUGGACUCAGAGAAACAGAUAAACGUUUAAAUAGGCUUAAAAAGUUAGGUGACAGCAGCAAAAAUUCAGACAGUCAAUCUGUCAGCUCUAACACUGAUGCAGAUACCACUCAGGAAAAAAACAAUGCAACUUCUAACCGAAAAUCUUCAGUUGGUAUGAAAAAGAACAGCAAGAGCAGAGCAUUGACAAGGCAGUCCAUGUCAGGAAUUCCAGCUUCUUCCAACUCUACCUCAUCUAAGCUAACUCCUAUAAAUAAUUCCAGGGUACCAAAGAAACUGAAAAAACCUGCAAAGCCUUUACUUUCAAAGAUAAAACUAAGAAAUCAUUGCAAACGGCUGGAGCAGAAGAGUGCUUCGGGAAAACUGGAGAUGGGAAACUUAGUACUUAAAGAACCUAAAGUAGUUCUGUACAAAAAUUUGCCGAUUAAGAAAGAUAAGGAGCCGGAGGGACCAGUCCCAGCCGCGGCGGCCAGUGGGUGCUUAACUAGACACGCGGCGCGAGAGCACAGGCAGAACUCCGGGCGAGGCGCCCCUGCGCACGCGGACGGCGCCCCCUGCGCCUACACAACCCGGCGGUCCUUGAGGACGAGGAUGAAUUUGAAGGAGACCUCCGACAUCAAGCUCGAACCAAAUACGUUGGAUGGCUACAAAAGCAGCUCGACGGAACCUUGCCCGGACAGUGGCGAGCAACCAUCUCCUGCGGUGCAGGAAGAACUGGCUCAUGAAGCUGCCCAGAAGGGGGAGGCCAAGUGUCCUAAGAGCGACAGCAGCACGUCGAAAAAGAAAUCACGGCAAGGGAAACUGGUGAGACAGUUGGCAGAAGCAGAGGAAUCCGCUGCGGUGCACGGCUCCCCCGGCAGAGCCGGCGUGGGGCGAGAGGGCGUGGGGUCGCACCCUGACCGGGGCGAGCGCGGCAGCCUGGAGGGCGUGCCCGGGAGCUACACGGACUGGCCCCCUUCUCCUGUUAGCGGUUCUGUGGUCGCAUCAGACAGCUUCAAAACAAAAGACAGCUUCCGAACUGCAAAAAGUAAAAAGAAGAGGCGGAUCACUAGGUAUGAUGCACAGUUAAUCCUAGAGAAUAACUCUGGGAUUCCCAAAUUGACUCUUCGUAGGCGUCAUGACAGCAGCAGCAAGACAAAUGACCAAGAGAACGAUGGAGUGAAUUCUUCAAAAAUAAGCAUCAAGUUAAGUAAAGACCAUGAAAAUGAUAAUAAUCUCUAUGUAGCAAAGCUUAAUAAUGGAUUUAACUCAGGAUCAGGCAGUAGCUCUACAAAGUUAAAAAUCCAGCUAAAACGGGACGAGGAGAGUAGGGGGUCGUAUACAGAGGGGCUUCACGAAAAUGGGGUGUGCUGCAGUGAUCCUCUUUCUCUCCUGGAGUCUCGCAUGGAGGUCGAUGACUAUAGUCAGUACGAGGAGGAAAGUACCGCUGAUUCCUCCUCUUCGGAGGGAGGCGGGGAGGAGGAGGACUAUGAUGACGACUUUGAGGACGACUUCAUCCCGCUUCCUCCGGCGAAGCGGCUGAGGCUCAUAGUCGGAAAAGACUCUAUAGAUAUUGACAUUUCUUCCAGGAGAAGAGAAGAUCAGUCUUUGAGGCUUAACGCAUAGUAAAGCUCUUGGUCUUAAUUUGACCCGGGAUAACUACUUCAAAGAAAUAAACAAUUCCAGUCAAUUACUCCUCAGCCGAAAACAUUGUAGGGGCAGCACUUCUGUUGUCUUUUCACUUAUCAGCAUAAUACUGCAGAAAGUGUACAGCGUACUGACUCUUGCUAAAAGUCUGAUUUGUGCAAAUUUUUAUUGUACUUUUUAAAUAGCCUUCUUAUGUGCAAUUCUGAGUUAGAGGUAAAGCCCUGUUGUAAAAUAAAGGCUCCAGCAAAAUUGUACAGUGAUAGCAACUUUCCACACAGGACGUUGGCAACAAUAAUGUGGCUACACAGUUUUCUUUUUUUUAACUUUAAGAGCAUCAACUGGCUCUUUAAUAUAUGACUAAAAAAGAAUUUAAAACAAAUCACAGUAGCAGCAUAUUAAGGUUUUCUAGUAUAUGCUAAUAUCACCAGCAAUGUUCUUUGGCUUUUUGAUUUAUUUGCUAGAUGUUUCCCCCUUGGAGUUUUGUCAGUUUCACAGUUUGCUGGCCCAGGUGUACUGUUUGUGACCUUGGUUAAAUAGCAGACCAUCGGUCGGGUGGGAGUGAACUCGGUCUC